CUUGAUGAUCAAACCUGCUUACGUGUCUGUACCUGCAUCUUCGCAUCAUCAAUCUGUCUCUAGAUAUUCUCAAACGAAAAUUUGAUCCAGAACAACCAGGUCUGCAACACUGAGUCAACCUCGGUCCAUAAAGGUGGACAAGCAUCUUCAACAUCGAAUGACGUCCUACCUCUUCCCUUGUUUCUUCUCCUUCGCCUUCUUCAUCCUCUAGAUUCUGGCUAAAAGAUCUGGCAUACAGCUUCACAUCGUCUCGAAGCUCAUAUCUUCCACCAUUGCCUAAUUUCUUUUCAGGUGCAUACCCGGGCCGACCUCUUGUCCUCCCCAGCAAAAGCCAACAUCCAAACCUUUACUACUAUCUCUCUGCACCUCAACAACCCUGUACCCUGUUAAAGAGAUCCCCUUGCAAACGCCCACCCUGCCAACAUGUGUCGGUGGUUCAGCUACAUCUCCCCGACGGAGGAAUGCCUCCUGGAAGACGUCCUCAUCACGCCCAAGCACGGCCUGGCCAAACAAGUCCACGACCACUACCUCCCGAAACUCUUCUCCCACACUCCCGGCGAAGAGACGACCAGCGAGGAAAUCACCCUGCGCAACCGCCUGUUCAACGUCGACGGCUUCGGCAUGGCGUGGUACACUCCGACCCGCUCUGACUUCGUGACCACGACGUCCGGCACGCGGCCCGUCAUGUACAAGCACUCCCAACCGCCCACCAACGACGCCAACUUCCACUCCAUCUGCGCCAACACGUCCACGACAGCCGUCUUCGCACACAUCCGCGCCGCCACGGGCACGUCCGUGACCACGAUCAACAAUCACCCCUUCACCUUCGGCCGCCACACCAUCAUGCACAACGGCCUGAUCUCCGACUUCGCCGACAUCCGCCGCGCCAUGCUCCCACUGAUUGAGAAAUCCGCGUACGAGAACAUCCACGGCACCACGGACUCGGAACACCUGGCGGCAUUGUACAUGACGAAUCUGACCAAGAAUGCCAACAAAUCCGUGGGCGGCCAUGGAGCCCCGAACAGCGACAUCGAAAGCUGGGAACGCACCUACACGCCCCGCGAAAUGUGCGACGCCCUGGUCUCGGCGUUCUACUCCGUCAUCGAACUGCAACAAAAGACCCUCGGCGCUGCAAACGUGAAAGCAUGCUCCCUAAACGUAUGCUGCACAGACGGCAACCAGCUUCUGGCCGUGCGCCUGCGCAACCACCCCCUCGAACAGCCCCCCAGUCUAUACUACUCCACAAAAGCCGGCAUCACGCUGAACAGGAAGUACCCCGACACGCCCGGCGGUGAGCACAAUCCCAAUGCCAGCAAAAAGGCCGCGGAACACGGGAAGCAUGUCAUCGUCGCGAGUGAGCCGACGACGUACAAUGCUGGCGAGUGGGCCGUGAUCGAAAAGAAUCAUGCGCUCCUCGUGGACGACAAGGGAAAUGUAUCGAUAGAGAAGAUCGACUUACCGGAUUCUUUGAUGGCUCAAGCGGCGACGGGGAAGCAUUUCUGA